AGCACAUGCUUGUUCAUACUGGUGAAAAAGCGUACGCUUGCGAUCAUUGUGGCAGGCGUUUCGGCGUAGCGUCCAACCUCAAUCGCCAUGUCCGCCGUUGCGGUCCUCGCUCGGUUCAGGCCGGUUCAGGCUUUACCAACGCACUCACCCCCGAACUAUCGCACUCCGACACAUCCCCUCCGCCUCGCUCUUCUAGUACCGCCUCACCUCCGCAGAGUGCCUCCGCCUCACCUUCCGCAGACUCCCACGAAACCGGACCCAUUCGCCGCGAACGUACGCGUAUGUCGACCAUUGAUGCUGCCGGUGGCGACACGGCUCCCUCACAUUCGUCUUCUGCACCCCGUCCAAAACGUCGUCGGCGUGCUCCAUCGCCAGUUCAAUGGAUUCCAGCCAGUCUCCAAAAUUUCAGUCUCACACCAUACAAACAAACGUGCCAGGUUCCCCUCGCUCCUGUCUUGUCGAGCGAGGAAGACGAGCGUGAUUCGUUCAGUAUGGUCUCCCAGAGGCCAUAUCAUCCGGAUGAGUGGGCUGGGAAGCUUCCUGGUCCGGCGGCUUUGCUCGAACAAGAGCUGAACAGGAAUCUUGGUCGUGUCCUCAUUUUCUGAUUGGAGCUUGGAGUUUGGGUUUUGGGGUUUUGUGUACUAAUUUCUCCGGCUAUAACGACCUUUUACGAAAACAACAAGUCAGUUCUUGUAUAUCAUCAGCUCCAACUUUAUAAUCUUUUUAUUCCUUACCUGAAUCGUCGGCCCCGCUCGUGCUUGUAUUUGGUUGCGCUGCUUCUUGACGAACGCCUCGGACGUUUCCGUUUCUCCCCUCUCGCUCAUUGCAUGCUCAAAAUUCUGUGCUCGUCUCAUGUCGUUUUCAUCUCACUUUUCCCAAGGGGUUUCGUCGUCUGUAUGCUCGGUCUGUGUGUCUUUGGUUUGUUCGCAUCGCAUCUCGUUUCGUCGUCGCUGUUGUGUGUAGUUCCGCCUCUCCGGCCCCUGUCAUAAUUUCUCACCAAGUCGCAUUCCCGCCCUGCAGAAUCAGUAGCUAGAUAUCGACAUACUCAUACCUUACUCUAGUCAUACCCUCCUAAUCACCACGUACGCAUACCGUGUAAUAGCCGCAAUCCAAGUCCUGUAGAACAAC